CCGUGUUUAUUUUACUGAAAAAAGAUUACGUAAUUUUCUUCCUAAUAAUGAAUGUGCACAAAUUGUGGGAAUACAGAGAGUACGUGAACGUAAACGGCAUGAUGCUGACCAGCGAGCUGAUAUCGCUGCUCCAGAACUCUUUGACCCUGCUCCAAGUUGAGAACCACUUCAGCCACAUCCAGUACUGGGGGCAGUUGUAUGCGGUAGACGCCGACUACCACAUCGCCGUCGGCAUCAAUAACGACGCCCUCGCCGACCGCAAGUACUUCUACACCACUGACUUUAAGUUCUGGGGCCUCCUCCCUAAGCCUAAGAAGAAGUACAAGAUCUUGUCCCUUCUAACAACUUUCCCCUUACGCGGCGACCCUUCCCUCAAAAUCAAGGUACUCGACGAAUCUCUGGAGGAGAAUCAUCCAGAAAGAUGCCGCUUAAUGAAGGAGGAGAGCCGCAUCGCUGCCACCAUCAGCAACAUUUGUGACGAGGCCGAGAUAUGCGCGCGGGGGCAGCUCAUCAAGCAGCCCGACGGCCAAGUGAUCAUCAACCCUAACUUCUAUGGCCUCACAGGAGCCGAGGCCAAACAAUUGAAGUCGUACUUGCACAUCAGACAGCCACAGCAGCGUUGGAAUACCAACCUUCUGACGAGGCAAGACUACAACUACAGCAUGGAUUUCCUUGACUCUAUCGACCAAGACAUCCCUAGCGGGUGCUGGAGCCUGUCCCUGGAGAAAUCGGGAAGUGUGGCCUACCUGCGCAGCCUGUACUGGCCAGGAAUGACGUACUUUCACAAAGUUAAGAGCCCAGACGGUGGCUUUCUGUACGUUGGUAAUGGCAGAAAAAAUUUGGACGUCCCUUUCCUACUAUAGAUUUAUUAUUCUA